AUGGACUACCCUGCCUAUCCUGCCCAGCCGCAGACACUCUGGGCAGCUAACAUCCAAUGGGUUGAUCUCAUUUUGGAAAACGGCAAAACGAAAUUCGAGGUGGGAGGGAAUAAAGCCGCUGUGCUGAACUUUGAGGACAUACCUUCUGGGUGUUUUUGGCAGGACCCAGUUGAAGAAAAAGCUGACUCGCCAUACCUGCGCGCUCGUCGCAAGCUGGAGAACCUCCUAAACAAGAGUCUGAGGAUCCGUAUGACAGACGGACGGACCCUCGUGGGCUGUUUCUUGUGCACUGACCGGGACUGCAAUGUCAUCCUGGGUUCUGCCCAAGAAUACCUGAAACCCACUGACUCCUUCUCAGUGGGCGAACCCCGAGUCCUGGGCCUAGCGAUGGUUCCAGGGCACCACAUUAUAUCCAUUGAAGUGGAGUUGGAGAGCCUGGCCUCCUUGCAGUACCUCUGACCACGUCCCUGGAAGGCAGCUGUGCCUCAACGUUUUAAAACACGAGACGGAGAAGACCGCCAGGAGCAGUGUAGCUAAGAGAUUUCUUCCACCUGCUUGCCGUAACCCUACCUGGACAAGGCCUGGGAAGUGGAAACUGCGCUGAAAAGCUGGACCAGCUUGCUGCCCUCCAUGCUGAAAAAUGGGGGAUUCCUACCGUUCAGGACUUGAGAAACAGUUGACCUGGAAGGAUGUUUGUAUUUGCUUGAUAUUUGUUAAAUCUUGAACUCUGCCCAGUG